AUGGCACAUACAAACGGAAGCACCUAUACCAACUUCAGUAGCCUCAACGGCCACCCGGGUCUCUCGGAUGAAGGCCUCCGUUCCCGUCGGGGGGAUUCGCAUCUGAAACCCGAGUUUCCACACCACAUCGACGAAGACGCCCUCUCGAGUGGUCGAUCCACGCCGCUACCACAAGAUGCCCCGCCGUCCAUGAAAUCGAUCCACCAGGCAAAGAAGCAGAAACGACGAAAGUUAUUCCCAACUGUUGACUACGAAGAACGUGUCAGCCAUUUCGACCCACAAUCCAAACAUCAUGAUUUUCGUGGCUUCUUUGCGUUAUUCUGGGUUGGGUUGUUCAUUAUGGUUUUGACGACUGGGGCAAGGAAUAUUAAGGAGACCGGGAGGGUGUUUAGGACUUCGAUCUUUUCGUUGUUUACGGACGAUAUCCAGGGUCUUGCGGUUUCGGAUUUGUUGAUGGUGGCUAGUACUUCGCUCACGUUACCGCUGCAUAAGAUGUGGCGGGCGAGGAGCUUUGGAGUGGGCUGGGGAAAUGGAGGGUAUAUUUGUCAAUACAUUUUGCAGUUCGUUUGGUUGACGAUGUGGAUUUAUUGGCCUUUUGCACGAGGAUGGGUUUGGACGCAUCAGGUGUUUUUCACGCUACAUACUCUUGUGCUUUUGAUGAAGAUGCAUUCGUAUGCAUUCUAUAAUGGGCAUCUAUGUGAAACGGAAAAGAAGCUUCACCAAUUGGAUAAGAACACACUAAGCACGGAAUCGAAGUCGGAUACUGCUCUUCGCGAGGUGCUUGCCUACGAACUUACGUCGCCGACAGGGCUAACACAGUAUCCGAGAAACCUCACAUGGUCGAACUAUCUGGACUAUCUGUUAUGUCCCACACUGUGUUACGAGAUCGAGUACCCAAGGACACCGAGAGUGAGGUGGAAUAUCGUGGCUGAAAAGGCAGCGGCUGUGUUCGGGUGCGUUUUCUUGCUCACUUUGACAUCUGAAGAGUUCAUUGCUCCAGUGAUGAGAGAUGCGACUGCCCGAUUACAGGAACAGCAUACGAUAUUGGAUGCCUUGUUAGUAUUGGGGGAGAGCAUCAAUAGCCUUCUCUUUCCGUUUAUGGUUUCAUUCCUGCUGGUUUUCUUGGUGAUAUUCGAGUACGUUUUAGGCGCAUUCGCCGAGAUUACUCGCUUUGCCGACCGACGGUUUUAUUCUGACUGGUGGAACUCGUGCAAUUGGUUAGAGUUCUCCCGGGAGUGGAAUAUCCCUGUCCAUCACUGGUUCAAGCGACACGUCUAUGGGGCAUCCCGCGAGCAUGUGUCGCGCACGGUUGCGACGUUUAUAACAUUUUUGAUAUCAUCGAUACUGCACGAGCUGGUGUUAUUCUGCUUGGUGAAGAAGGUUAGGGGGUAUGGAUUUGUCUGUCAGAUGCUGCAAUUACCGAUCGUGAUGUUCCAGAGUCUACCUUGGUUGAGCAGGCAGAGAACGCUGUUGAACUGCUUCUUCUGGAUCAGCAUGAUCCUUGGAUUGAGCACGAACUGUGCGCUUUAUGUUUUGUUCUGA